GUUAUAAUCAUCCCUAUAUAAAUUAACCCAUCAGCUUACAAAAACACAUUUCUCGAUCAUUAAUUCUGCUUUGAUUGACUACUAAGCCAUAUGUACAAAACCUCCAUGCUAAGCCGCCUCAAGAGAGCUGUGAAGAAGGUCACCUUCCUGCUCAACUUCAGCAUCAAUCGCUGGCGAAUCGCCUCCAUGAUCGGAGCUCAUUCCAUCAGGCACCGGCAGUUUAGCUUCAAUGAUCGGCCGGGACUGAGGUCCUGCACGGACGAUUAUAAUUUCGAUGAUUCUGUUUCGUGGUCGGAUUCUUCGCCGCUGAGAUUAUCUAGGACGACGAGCUUUCCGUUGGAAGACGAUGUGGAUAAAAAAGCCGACAUUUUUAUAGCGAAUUUCCACCGGCAACUUCAGAUUGAACGGCAGAUUUCUCUGGAGCUCCAGUACUGCCGUGGUAACAGUUUCAACUACUCCAUUUCCCCAUGACAUGAUUGUUGAUUUUUUGGAUGAAUCAAUUAAUUUCAGAAUUUGGUGAUGGAGCCUGGAUUUUAUUAGAGGUUUCUUCUCAAUUAUUGACAUUACUCAGCAAUCAGAACAAAUCAGGAUUCUUUCCGAUCUCCAGUUUUAUGUAAAUUUUUUGUGUGGUGAAUUUUUUUCUUUUGUUAUCUCUUUUUUCAUCAACAUCCAUUACCCUUGUCCAAGUCAGUUUGACAUUUCCUUUUCCCUUUUUCUUUUUUUCUUUUUUUUUACAAAAAAUAAUUCAGUGUCGGGUCAAAUUUUUAUGUCGCCUCUGAUGAAUCCUCCAGCACGAGUGUGUUUUGUAGAUUCUUUUAAUUCCAUGUAUUUAUUAUUUCAUUCAUUAAUGGAUUUGUAUUAAAAGUGUAAUAUUUGUUUUUGUUUUGUUUCGUUUUUUUAUUUUGAGAGGGGGGACAAGCUAGACGACCUUAUUGGUUCAAACUUCAAACUCUUUGUUGAACCGUGUCCAUAUGAGGGUGCGAAAUCCUUUUUUUUUUUUUUUUGGUCAGUAAUUUAGCCAAUAACUCAACAUGCCUUCCCUGUAAUAUUCACAUAUUUUGUGGACCAGUUUGGCCGUGAUCUCAAUUUGGUCGGAGGUUAACCACAUUUUUGUUUUCGUAAUGUGAAUUGAAAUUUCAUCGUAUAAAUUAAUAAAAAUAAUAAUCUCAU